AUGGCCGACAAGGAGGCAUCAGUCUACAUAGUCGACCUCGGGUCCUCCAUGGCCGACUGCCACAACGGCCGCACCGAGUCGGAUCUGGACUGGAGCAUGCGAUAUGUAUGGGACAAGAUCUCAACCACAGUCGCCGCCUCACGAAAAACAUGGACCGUUGGAGUCAUUGGUCUCAACACAGAUGAGACCAAAAACGCGAUGCAAGAAGAAGAGGGAUACGAGAACAUUUCAGUCUUGCAGGAGCUCGGCCCAAUGACCAUGACAUCUCUGAGGGAUCUCAAGGAUAGAGUCCGGCCGAGCGAGACGGAGACGGGCGAUGCGGUCUCCGCGGUGGUCCUCGCGGUGGACAUGAUUGAGACGUUUACCAAGAAGCUCAAGUAUAAGCGGCGCGUGUACCUUGUCACCGACGCCUUGGCUCCAAUUGACGCCGACGAUAUCGACUCGAUUGCCAAGAAGAUUAACCAGGACGGAAUUGAGCUGAUUGUUCUGGGCGUGGACUUUGACGAUGCAGAGUACGGCUUCAAGGAAGAGGACAAGCCGUCAAUCAAGAAAAAGAAUGAGGCAGUUCUCAGGGAUCUUGUCUCAAAAUGCGAUAACGCCCAAUUCGCCACCAUUGCAGAGGCAAUCGACGAGCUCGACACGCCGCGCCUCAAACCCGUCAAGCCCUACAAGACCUACGAUGGACCCCUGACCCUCGGUCUCGCCGACCCGCCCGAGGAUCUCAAAAUUCCGCCCACCCCCGCAAUCAUCAAUGUCGAGCGCUACUUCAAGACCAAGCAAGCAAAGGCCCCGACUGCCUCCACCGUCGUGGUAUCGGCCGAGCCCGGUCCCUCGCAGGUCGAAGGCGACCCCAUGGAAGGUGUCGAGUCGACGUCCGGCUUCGCGGCGGUCAAGUCCGCGCGGGCGUACAAGAUCAACGACCCGGAUGCACCGGGCGGCAAGCGCGACGUCGAGUUUGAGUCCUUGGCCAAGGGGUACCAGUACGGCCGAACGGCGGUUGCAAUCAGCGAAUCCGAGUGGAAUGUUACCAAGCUCGAGACGAUCAAGACCUUUAGCAUCAUCGGCUUCAUUCCCUGUGAAAAGUAUGAACCGUUUCUCAAUAUGGGCGAAACAUGCGUGACGGUCGGCCGCAAAUUUGACGAAAAGUCACAGCUCGCCCUGUCGUCCCUCAUCCACGCCCUAUACGAACUCGAGUCCUAUGCCGUCGCCCGGCUCGUGGUCAAGGAAAAGAAGGACCCCGUUCUCGUCCUCCUGGCCCCACGCAUCGAGCCGGACAUGGAAUGCCUGUACGACGUGCCCCUCCCCUUUGCGGAGGAUGUGCGCGGAUACCAGUUCCCGCCCCUUGAUAGAGUCAUCACCGUCAGCGGGCAAAAGAUUACGACAAAUCAUCGAUUGCUCCCCAGCGACGAGCUCACAGACGCGAUGAGCAACUAUGUCGACUCUAUGGACCUAGGUACCUUUGGAACUGAUGACGAUGGAAAUCCGUCAGAGUACGCUGCCAUAGACGACGUGUACAACCCGAUUAUCCACAGAAUCAACCAAGCCAUCCGCCAAAGGGCAGUCAACCCCGAAGGCCAGAUAGAUCCAGUCCCUCCGAUUCUAGUUCGCUACGCCGCGCCCCCAGAGGAUCUAGUCGAGAAAUCCAAAUCCCAAAUCGAGAGCCUUAUCUCAGCAGCACAAGUGAAGAAGGUUCCCCCAAAGGCAAAAGGAAAACGCAAAUUCGAAACGACGAAACCCCUCUCGGGCCUCGACGUCGACGCCCUCCUGGGUACGCAACCCAAGCGCCCCAAAAUCACACCCGAAAACGCCAUCCCAGACUUCAAACGCGCCCUCGCCGUCGCCGAAGACGAGUCCGAGAUCCGCGACGCCGCGAAGCAAAUGGCCUCCAUUGUCGCGCAGCUCGUGACGGACAGCUUCGGCGACAGCCAGUACGCCCGCGCGUCCGAGAACCUGAGCGUCCUGCGCCGCGGUCUCGUCGAGCUCGAAGAACCGGGUCUCUACAACGAUCUGAUCAAAGACCUCAAGAAGAAGAUGCUAUCUGGCGAGCUGGGCGGGGACCGCAGGGAGAUGUGGUGGCGGGUGCGGACGUCGAGGCUGGGACUUAUUGACCAGGCGACGUCUGAGGUUUCGAACGUCAAGAGCGAAGAGGCUGAUGAGGUUCGUCUCUUGAUGUUGUUUUGGAUUUCGAGGUCGUAUUGCUAA